ACUAUGCAGUUGUUGAAUUAAUGUGUGGUUUUUAAGGGGCAUUCUACUUAAGUUAAGUUCACUUCAAUGUGAUGUUAACUGUAACCUAAUUUGCAAACUUGUUAAAGAUUUAUGCUGAGCCUAGCACUAGGCUAUUCGCUAAUGCUAACUAGCUAGCUAACAUCCCUGACCAUGAGUUCAUUAAAGUACUCAUCCCCUGCUAUAGAAGAGGUCUACUGUUUGGAGAAAGAAGUUCUGGCGCUGAACAUUGAAGAAGAGAAUGAGGUUACAGUGAAAGAAGAGAAAUAACCUUUUGGAAUGAAAAAGGAGGAAGAUGAGACUGUUAUAGUGAAGGAAGAAGAUGCUGUUAUAGUGGAAGAACAUUUCAGAAUGAAAAAGGAGGAAGAGGAGACUGUUAUAGUGAAGGAAGAAGAUGCUGUUAUAGUGAAAGAACAUUUCAGAAUGAAAAAGGAGGAAGUGGAGGCUGUUAUAGUGAAGGAAGAGAAAGAACCGUUUAGAGAGGAAGAGGGUGCUAUCUCAAUAAAGGUGAAGGAGGAAGACGUUUUUGGAGUGAAAGAGGAAGAGACAGAAUAUCAGAUUAACACCAGAGAGAGACAUGACUAUCGUGGAUCCUCUGGGGAGCCUCAACAUCCUGAUGCUGACGAGACAGAGAAGAGUCUCUCCAGAUCAGAACACCAGAUGGACAACGCUAGCCCUUCCUCUCUCCCGGAGUCCCCGUGUCAUGCCUCUCCCGGUAGCACCUUACUGCUGGGUAUGAAGAGGUUGUCUGUGCUGCUGGUGGACUGCAGGAAAACAACGGGGCUGAGUGGAACUGUGAGAGGAGGAGAAGAGAGGAAAGGAUCAGAUUUGACUCAUCAAAGUAAGUGCUGUAGUUCAGUUUGAACAAAUAAAUAGAUCUGUCCACUGGUAUCUGUUACCAGGACAACCAGCAGAGUUCUGUUAGUUGACAGGAAGAUAGAGUAGUGUAUAUGGAUGUUAUGAAUAUCAUAACACUGAAAAAGGAUUCUGCCAAUGAAAAGAGA